UGAUUGGUCCUCUUUGAUGUCUGCUGCUGCUCUGAGCUCACAUGUGGGCUGAGAAAAAGGAAGCCACGUUGACACAAAAAAAACUGGUGUUUUUUGUGUGUUUUUUUGACACCGGGAAAAGGCGGUCACAUCGACACUUUAUAUCCAUCAACGCAGAAACAUCAGUUGGAGCGUCUGGAUAAGGACAGAAGUGCCACAUCAUGAGUGUUGGAUUCAUUGGAGCGGGCCAGCUGGCUCAUGCACUGGUGAAGGGCUUCACUGCUGCAGGUGUGAUCGCCACCCACAGGAUUACAGCGAGCUCCCCAGACACAGACCUGCCCACGGUAUCGGGCCUGAGGAAAAUGGGAGUGAACCUGACAACAAGUAACAAAGAGACCGUCAACAAGAGUGAUGUGCUCUUUUUGGCUGUAAAGCCCCACAUUAUCCCCUUCGUUCUGGAUGAGAUUGGGCCAGACAUUGAGGACCGUCAUCUCAUAGUGUCUUGUGCUGCAGGUGUUACCAUAAGCUCCAUAGAAAAGAAGCUGCUUCAGUACCGCUCAGCUCCUAAAGUCAUGAGGUGUAUGACAAACACUCCAGUGGUGGUGAAAGAGGGAGCUACAGUGUAUGCCACUGGGACACAUGCAGAGGUGGAGGAUGGGAAAUUACUGGAGCAGCUGAUGGCCAGCGUAGGCUUCUGCACGGAAGUGGAGGAGGACCUCAUUGAUGCUGUCACCGGUCUGAGUGGCAGCGGACCUGCCUACGCGUUCACAGCCCUGGAUGCUCUCGCAGACGGAGGAGUGAAGAUGGGACUGCCGAGGAGGCUCGCUGUCAGACUUGGAGCUCAGGCCCUGUUGGGAGCAGCAAAGAUGCUGCUUGAGUCGGAGCAACACCCCGGCCAGCUGAAGGACAAUGUGUGCUCACCAGGGGGCGCCACCAUCCACGCCCUGCACUUUCUGGAGAGCGGUGGCUUCCGUAGCCUCCUUAUCAAUGCAGUGGAGGCUUCUUGCAUCAGGACACGGGAGCUGCAGUACCUGGCAGACCAGGAGCGCAUCUCUCCAGCAGCGAUUAAGAAAACCACGUUGGACAAAGUGCUGCAGCAGCCUGGAGUCACAGUCGGUGGAGUGGCUAAUGGGAACGGCAAAUCAGGGCUGAGCUUAUUCAAUAAUCGCGGCUCUGGGCUCAAGAAGAAGAACUGAGUACACAGAGUGGCAGACACACACACACACACACAAAGACACACAAACAUGUUACAAGUUUAAGUGUGCCGGCACGUGCACAUGUGGACCUUCAUGCUGUACAUCUAUUCAGCCAUAGAAUUUCAAAGACCGACUCAGGACUGCUCCGAAAUCGAAUCCAAAUGACUUUGCAAAAUUAUUUAUUGAUACUUGAUUGACGUGCGGACAGCGGACCUCUUGAUGACAUCGCCACAUUACACACAAGCACAGAUGUGCUUGUGCACGCUGCUCACAGUUAUCGCCUUAUGUUGUGAUGUGGGAUUGCUGUAUGCAUACACUCACUGAAGAGCGAAAGUGCAUUAACAAUCUGUCUGUCUGUGCUUUAGCUCUACGGUCUCUGGGGCUGUUAAACGGUAAUGACCCAGUGGGCCAUCAUGAGGUCCUGGUGCACGCCAGGCAGCAGAUGGUUGCAACAUCAAGCUGUUAAUGUACGUCUUAAAUGUGUGUCUUUAAAAAAGAAAUGAAACCAUGUAAAUCAUCAUGUACCAAAUAAUUAUCAUUUCUCUUUGUCUGACAGUGUUACGAAGACUGAAUGCAGAUGGAACAAAAAUGUUAACUUUUUUUCUUUGUUGUCUGUCACAUAUAAACACUUAAGGACAUUCAAAGAUCAUUUCAAACUGUUAUACCUCUGACUUCAGCAUUGCUGUGCUUUAUAAAACCCAAAGGCACUAAUUAAUGUAUUUUUCUUUUUUUUUUUUUAUAUGGAGAACAAUGUGAUGUUCCUAUAUGGACGGGCAACAAGAAAGCUUAAAUCAUCUACACAAUGCAUCACAGAUCAUAUGGAUUAUAAUGGAAAGGUAUUAGGCUUGCAAUCAGCAGGUCCUGUUUACUUCUGUAUUGCUCUCUGAAUUUUUACCCCCAUAAUGUUACAUAUAAUGUCUAUUUUACCUGGUGCAUCAGCCACUGAAUUGGUAUGCAAGUCAAAAAGUCGAUAUUAAAGAAACAAAAUCUG